CGCCCCCGCCUCCUUCCCCAUACUACUUCGACACGGGCCCCCCUCCAUCCUUCUCUCCACCUCCGCCCCCAGGGAGAGCCUACGACACCAUCAGGUCGAGCUUUAAGCCCAGCCUGGAGGCGAAGCUGCACGGGCUGCCGCAGGUCAUCAGCGCGGCCGAGAUGUACGAUCAGGCGAGGACGUCCAUCCCCUACCCCGAAAGGCAGAAGAGGGCCCGGUCCAUGAUAAUCCUGCAAGAUUCCUCCCAUCUUCCUGUGGAGCCAACGGAGAUCCCCCGGCCCGGCCCGGCCACGACCCCUCCGGAGAAGCUGAAGAGGAAGGGGAGGGUGAUCGACAACCCCUACGCCAACAUGGGGCAGUUCAACGUCAGCCUGUUCGCUCCCACCAAGCCGCAGAGGAAGAAGAGCCCUCUGGUCAAGCAGCUGCAAGUGGAGGACGCGCAGGAGAGAGCGGCGCUGUCCAUCACCGGAGGCUUUACCAGGGAGCCCUCUCCCACCCGCAGGAGCCAUCGCCUGAGCGGCGUGGACUACCAGCACCACGCCGGCAUCGCGCAGGUCGAAGCCACGAGCAUCCCCUUUGCCACUGCCAUCGCUGGAGUCAUGAAGGACAGAGACCGGCGUCUGGACGAGAGGCGGAAAUCCACUGUCUUCCUCUCGGUCGGGGCCAUCGAGGGCACCCCCCCGAGCAGCGACAUGCCAUCCCUGCAGCAGUCCAGGUCUAUCGAUGAGCGGUUGUUAGGAAGCCGAGAUGUACUACUGCCUUCCCCCGUCUCAGCUUUAAAGCCAUUAAUUAGCAGCUCAUCCUCUACGUUCAUCCACCCCCUGACGGGAAAGCCCCUGGAUCCGAACUCGCCGCUGGCGCUUGCGCUGGCCGCAAGGGAGCGGGCCCUCUCCACCCAAGUCCCAUCCCGGUCGCCCACCCCGAUCCACAGCCCGGACUCCGACAGAGCAGCACCCCUGUUCGUGGACAUCCAAACCAAAGAACCGGAGCGGGUGGAGCUGGAGAGCCUGGUGUCCCCCGCGUAUUCUCCCGGAGGGAAAGGGGCCGUGGCGGCGGACGCGGCGGCGUUGGCCCCCGCCAAGAGCCCGUGGGGAACGCCGUCCACGCUGAGGAAAGAAGCCGAGGCCAGGGUGGAAGCCGCCGGCAAGGAGGAGAAGAAGCCGGAGGACAAGAAGUCCAUGAUCAUCAGCAUCGUGGACACGUCGCAGCAGAAGACGGCCGGCCUGAUCAUGGUUCACGCCACAAGUAACGGCCAAGACGAGAUAGGACUUGAGGUGAAGGAGGAGAAAGCGGCGGCGCCCGAAGCCUGCGCCGAGCCGGCGGAGCCGCCCCAAGCGGAGCCGCAGCCCAGCCCCGCCGGGAAGGCCCCGGCCGACAAAGCGCUGGGGCAGGGCAGCUCGGAGGAGGAGGUGGAGCCCUACACCGUGACGCUGCCGCCGGCGCAGCUGUCCUCGAGUGACGAAGAGACCAGGGAGGAGCUGGCCAAGAUCGGGCUGGUGCCUCCGCCCGACGAGUUUGCCAACGGGGUCCUGGUCACCACCCCCGGCACCCCCGUCAGCCACCUGGCGACGCCCAGCACGCCAUCCGCACCAGCGGCUGCAGGAGCUCCUCCUCCCGCGGGCGGAACACCCUCAGGGAAGCCCCCCGAUGCCCCCGCAGCCCCGGAGUCCGCGGCGGACUCGGGCGUGGAAGAGGUGGACACCAGAAGUUCGAGCGACCACCACCUGGAGACCACAAGCACCAUCUCCACGGUCUCCAGCAUGUCGACGCUGUCGUCCGAGAGCGGGGAGCCCACCGACACGUACACUUCCUUUGCGGAUGGACAAACUUUUAUACUCGAGAAGCCACCAGUGCCUCCAAAGCCAAAACUCAAGUCCCAGCUCAGCAAGGGGCCAGUUACUUUCAGGGACCCACUUUUGAAGCAGUCUUCGGACAGCGAGCUCAUCUCCCAGCAACAUGCGGCCACGCUGGCGUCCGCCAGCAUUGGCCGGCCACGCUACCUCUUUCAGAGAAGGUCCAAGCUAUGGGGGGACCCCAUGGAGAGCCGGCCGAUCCAUGGGGCUGACGACGACAAGCCAACUGUGAUCAGUGAGCUAAGCUCCCGCCUACAGCAGCUGAACAAGGACACGCGGUCGCUGGGGGAGGAACCGGCCGGCUCCGCGCUGGACCCCGGGAAGAAGUCGCCGGUGGUCGCGGCACGACUUUUCAGUAGUUUAGGAGAACUCAGCACCAUUUCCCAGCGGAGCUCCGGGACCACCUACACAGUUCGACCUGGCAGUCGCUACCCUGUAACCCGACGUACCCCCAGCCCCGUGAAGCCGGCUCUGGAUCGGACAGAGCCGCUCAGCACCGUGCGGCCGUACGGCCUGACCCCUCCCACCAUCCUCAAAUCUUCCAGCCUCUCCAUCCCACACGAGCCCAAGGAGGUGCGCUUUGUGGUGAGGAGUGUGAGCGCCCGGAGCCGCUCCCCGUCCCCAUCCCCCUCGCCAGGGCCGCCCCUGCACACCCUCCACCCGCCGAGGCCCUUCAUGCAGAAACCCCUCCACCUGUGGAACAAGUACGACGUUGGGGACUGGCUGGAAAGCAUCAACUUGGUGGAGCACCGAGACAAGUUUGAGGACCAUGAGAUCGAGGGCACGCAUCUGCCCGCCCUCACCAAGGAGGACUUUGUGGAGUUGGGGGUGACACGGGUCGGGCACCGGAUGAACAUUGAGCGGGCGCUCAAGCAGCUGGUGGACAGCUGACCGUGCUAGGCAGUGCCGGCCUCUUCCAGAGCCACCCAUGGGGGGGGGGGGGGGGGGGGAACAUUUCUACCAGACUAAUAAAACCCACUUCGAUUCUCUUUCUACUCUGAGCACUGCACUGAAGGGUGUGGAGCCUGACGGCUCCCGCCUGCUCCUAGGCGGCCCCGUGCCGCACACACGCAGCCCCGCUCAGCCCUGCCGGCCCCGCGACGCCUUCGGGAAAAGGAAUGUUGCAUGAAAUACAUCCUCUUUUCCGUCCCUCCCAGAGAGUCCGGCCUGUAUAUCGCUUGAUGUGCUCUUGCCCGGGGGCGUCGCUGGAGGCCGGAGGGGCCGAGGAGCCAUGUGCUGCCGCGCCCGGGCUCUGUGUCUGGCCUGUGGCACGGUGACACCUGGCUGGGGCUGGGGGCCGGUCCGCCGCCAGGCGAGGAGCCUGACCCUCCUGCGGGUGCCUCGUGUGGCAGGUGGGAACAGGCCGACCAGGCCCUGGGGUGCGCAGCACAGCCAGGCCCAGCAGUGCAGCCAGGCCCAGCAGUGCGGCUAAACCCAAUGGUGCAUCUAGGCCCAGCGGCAUGGCUAGGCCUGGCAGUGGAUCUAGGCCUGGCGGUGUGGCUAGGCCCAGCAGCACGGCUAGGCCCAGUGGUGCACCUAGGCCCAGCAGUGCGACUAGGCCCAGUGACAUGGCUGGCCCCAGUGGCACACCUAGGCCCAGUGGCACAGUUAGGCCCAGCAGCACAGUUAGGCCCGGCGGCACAGUUAGGCCUGGCGGCACAGUUAGGCCUGGCGGCACAGUUAGGCCUGGCGGCACAGUUAGGCCUGGCGGCACAGUUAGGCCUGGCGGCACAGCGAGGCCUGGUGGCACGGCUAGGCCUGGCAGUGCAGCCUGCUGCAGGAGGCAGGCAGGGUGCUGAGGAGGGGGAGCAGCCUCGGCAGCGGGGUGGCCCAGAGAGGUGCCCUGGUGCCGUGGGGAUAGUUGCCCCGCUCCUGCCCCGCUCCUCGCCCCACAGCCCCUCGUCUGGCUCUCCCAGCAGACCAGAGCUGGGCAAGAGAGGAGAGGGACCGAAACCGCAUGGAUUGAAGCAUGUUUGGGGGGUGUCGAGGGAGGCUGGUGGGGACCCAGCAGCAAACGCUUUGCCAACGGUGAGGGUGGGGGGUGGGGGGAGGUGUUUGGUUUCCUCUUGGUUUGGGGUCUUGUUUCCAAGGGGACACGUUGAUGGGUAAUAUAUAAUCUCCGUGCAUUUAUAUAGAGAGCAGCUGAUGAUCUACAAGAGACAAUUCUGACCUACAGGAUUCCCACUCUGUCCUUGUCAUCCUUAUUUUGCAUCUUUUUAAUCAAUCAGCUAUAUAUUUGAAAAGAGAGAACAAAUAUCUAUAUAUCUAUAUCUAUAGCUAUAGCCACCUGAUUUUGUUAUAAUUUUACUAAAUCUAUAUAUCUCUAGACUUGUUGAGAUGCUGAUGAGGAGGUGCCUGCACCCCUCCCCCGGGACACCCAUAGCUCAUGGGAGUUUUUAGCGACUGACUGAAUGAAUGUUAAAAAAAGAGUCUUUUUAAAAAAAAAAACUUAAAAAAAAAAAAAACCAACAGCUCCUUUCAGACACUCU